AAGCCCCUGUCUGACCCCGUCUGCUCUGUCAGAGAGGCUCAAGGUUUACUAGACAAAGUACCGGUCGGUCUCUCUCAACGCAUCUUUUGAGUUUGAUGCCCACCUAUUCCUGAUCCCACCUGAGAUUUGAUGACCCACACUCCCACUCCACUGACACCUAUGUCUGUGAAACAGGUGGACGCAGGUGGCAAACGAGCACAGCAAGGUCGCCCGACUUGGUGAAGAUCCCACCGGUGGAUUUUCUCAAUUCUGCUCAGAGCUGACUUUCAGAGGACUGUAAAGUUUGAACCUUGGUUUGAUUGCGGCCCAAGAGUUGUCUUCUUCUGCUAAAGAGUGACCAUGUGGGAGUUCCGGUCCAUGAGUUUUUGGCGGGCAGUCUUCGCAGAGUUCUUUGGGACCAUGUUCUUUGUAUUUUUCGGUCUGGGGGCCGCCCUGCGCUGGACCACCGGGCCGCAUCACAUUCUCCAUGUGGCCUUGUGCUUUGGCUUGGCAGCUGCCACCCUCAUCCAAUCUAUUGGCCACAUUAGCGGCGGUCAUAUUAACCCCGCCGUUACUUUCGCCUACCUGGUUGGGGCCCAGCUGUCUCUUUUCCGUGCUUUUUUCUACAUUAUUGCUCAGUGCCUCGGUGCGGUGGCCGGCGCUGCCGUGCUGUACGGGGUCACGCCUGGCAAUGUGAGGGGCAACCUCUCAAUGAACACGCUGCAACCCGGCGUCAGUCUGGGGAUGGCCACCACUGUGGAGGUGUUCCUUACCAUGCAGCUCGUGGUGUGCAUUUUCGCCGUGACCGACGACAGAAGAAACGGUCGCCUGGGUUCCGCCGCCCUCUCGAUCGGCUUCUCCAUCACCAUCGGACAUCUGAUGGGGAUGUACUACACGGGUGCCGGCAUGAACCCUGCCAGGUCCUUUGCUCCGGCGGUCCUGUUCAGAAACUUCGUCAACCACUGGGUCUAUUGGGUGGGACCCAUCAUCGGUGCAGCCAUGGGUGCCCUCCUGUACGAUUUCAUUCUGUUCCCACGUAUGAGGGGUCUGUCCGAGCGCCUGGCCACGUUGAAGGGCAGUCGACCCCCGGAGAGGGAGACCCAGCAGGACACCCGCGGGGAGCCCAUCGAGCUCAAGACGCAAGCCUUGUAAACCCGACCCAUCCCCCGGCACCUGUUGAUCCACCUGGGGCUGAGAAAUGGGGGGCAGAAGGCCCCUCCUCCGCUGCUCAUCAACCGACCUGAAAACUAACAACACGACAGUCAGGUCUCCCCUUCCAACUCCUUACUCUGUUUUCAGAAGUAGACUUUGGCCGGCUUCUGUGAUGGACAGGAGCAUGCGAACUGGGAGGGUGUUGUUAUUUUGGGAGGGGAGGGACGGAGAGAGGGGGGCAGGCUCGAGGCAGGAGCUAGGACGUAGGAUGAACGAUCACAGCUCGGGCGGUGGUUCAGCAGAGGGGCGCAGGGUGUGGGUGGGCAACACUCUGGGUUUGUGCUUCUUUCCAAUUUAGACCAUUGAAAAUGAGCGUGGUUUCCUACAUGCUUCUCACAUAAUCUCCAGUGUAGUUUUUUUUCCCCCCUCCCGCUUUCUUUUUUGUUUUCUGCCCUUCAGACACGAGACGGUGAUGUAUGAUUACAUUUCAACAUGAUUUUACAUUUUACAGAUGACUACAUUUUAUUUAUGUGCGUGAGGGCGAAUGUGUGCGUGCGCCCGCUUGUACAUGCGAGUGUCUUUGCAAGUGUGCGUGUCCGCGCGUGUGUGUGCGUGUGUGCUAGCGAGUGAGAGAUGAAGAUUGCCGAUACAGUACCUCUUUUUUUUUCCUCAUUAUCAUUGCAGCUCAACUGAUUUUGUACCAAUCACUAUUCAUUUUUUUUUGUAAGCCCUUUUGACACGUGACACAUGGCUUCCUCACAAUGUGAUAUUUGUGAUGAUUUCCGUUUUUACAUAAACACAUCCAUUUGCAUUUCCCCAGUUCAACCAGCGCGAAAGAAAAUGUACAAUCUGAGAAUUGGAAGAAUUGGAUGGCUCUGUUCACUACAGACCAACAGUGCUAGCUUUACAUUAAGUCUUUUGUUAUUAUUUGAUCCUAACUGGGAUUACAAACGUGUUUCAAUAAACUUUCACUGAUAAUAAA